UAAACACCCCAAAAGUCCCCAAUGAGAUCCCAGCUUCACAUUUUCUGACUUCAGUUCCACCAUCUCUCACUCCAAAGAAAGUUAAAUUUCAUACCAUAUCAAAGCAAUUAAGUUUGUACGUGUUUUAGCCAUGGAAGUAUUGAUGGUUUUUACCAUGUUAUUAACUUUAUUCUUGUCAUUUUUGCUCUCUCUUUUCUUCCAUUUUCGACGUAAAAACUACUCGAAACGACUCCCGCCUGGUUCUUUAGGACUCCCAUUUAUAGGCCAAAGUUUCGAUCUACUUAAGGCUUUGAAAUCCGACAAGAUAGAAGAAUGGUUUCAUGAACGAAUAGCUAAACAUGGUCCUGUAUGGAAAGUCAAUGUCUUAGGAUACCCGACCGUUGUUUUAAAUGGUCUCGCAGCAAAUAAGUUUGUAUAUAGUAAUAGUGAUGGAAUCACACUCGCUAAUACACAUCCUCCUUCAAUGAGUAGGAUUCUUGGUUUCAAAAAUAUAGUCGAGUUGACAGGCGACGAUUAUAAACGAGUUAAAGCAUCCAUGGUUUCGUUUUUGAAGAUUGACAUGUUGAAACAAUAUGUUGCAAAAGUAGACGAUGAAAUCCAACACCAUCUUCAAAUGUAUUGGCAUGGUAAAAAUGAAGUCAAGGUGCAACCCUUAAUGAAGACUUUGACUUUUGAUGUAAUAUGUUCGCUAUUGUUUGGGAUUGAAAGAGGACCUAAAAGAGAACAAUUGUUACCGCUUUUUGAAGUUAUGCUUCUAAGUGUUUUAGCAAUUCCAAUCAACUUUCCCUUCUCUAAGCUUAAUCGUGGGCUUAAAGCAAGGAUGAAAUUGGUAAACAUAGUUGAAGAACUUUUGCGUCAGAAAAGGGAGUCGGUUCAAGAUGAAACGAACCCUCAGAAAGAUCUCAUAACCUCAUUUCUCAACAGUCAUGAUGAUGAUAACGGAACAAGGAUGUCCGAUGAGGAGAUCAUUGACAACAUUGUUCUUGUGAUGGUAGCAGGAUAUGACACAACCUCUACCUUCCUCACUUUAUUCAUUAGGCUUUUGGCAAACAAUGAAUCUAUCUAUUCUGAUAUACUCCGAGAGCAUGAAGAAAUAUCCAAGAGUAAAUCACCAGGGGAAGCUCUUACAUGGGAAGAUCUUGCCAAGAUGACGUACACAUGGAGAGUAGCAAGUGAAGUGCUAAGGUUAAAUGCUCUUGGUGUUUUAACUUUUCGACGAGCUGCUCGAGAUAUCGAGUAUGAAGGAUACGUAAUUCCCAAAGGAUGGCAAGUAAUGUUGUCUUCGACCGUGACGCAUAUGGAUGAUAGCAUUUUUCAAAACCCAACAGUUUUUGAUCCGGCUCGAUUUGAUAAAACAAUACAUCCACCACCACCACCUUUCAGCUUGGUGGGGUUUGGAGGUGGGGCAAGGAUGUGUCCUGGUAUGGAGUUUGCGAAAAUGGAAACUUUAGUCUUGAUUCAUCGAUUGGUGACACAGUUCAAGUGGGAGCUUUUUAACAAAGAAGAAGCUUUCAAAAGAAUCCCAUUGCCAGAAUUUGAUCAAGGGUUAUUUGUUCAGAUCAAACCACUUAAAUAAACAUUUGUGUCGUCAAAUAAAACUUGAAUGUUGGGAGGAAACAUUAAGUAUUAAAGCCAUGCUUCAACUUAUAGACUUGGCACUUGUGGGUUCAGUUAAAAUGUCGUGUGCUAGCUUGAAAAGUUAAUAAUGAAAAAUUUGGAUUCACAAA